AACAGCCGCAACACCGUCGAAUCGGCAUUGGCAACAACACCCGCGCGCUCUCGCCCUUCAGAAGACGCGUUCCGCAUGGCGGACCGUUGAGCAGUUAGCCGAGGUGGGCGGGGUUUAUGCCCAUGGCCCCGCCCACGGCCCCGCCCACUCCUUCUCCCGGGCCCGCCCCAUCUCGUGCAGUCUGGGCGUGUGAGGGCGGCGGCUGUGGCGGUAACAGUAGUAGGCGGUUGCCGCCUGACUCCACGGAUUUGAGUCCGUGGCACUACCAUUACUACUACUGUAUGACGCCUCAGCGUAUUUUUUAAAAAUGGAAACAAAAAGAAUGAUUGGCAAGUCCCUUCAACCAGCACGACCUGCACGCCACCUCUCCCCUCAUGCAUCUGUUUCCACAGUAUCAGCAACCACUUUCAGCUUCCAGGCUAAACUUCCAUGCAGCACUCCUGUAUGCUUGCAUAAUGAAAUUAACUGGAUGUGUAAAUCUAAUGGAAUGCUGGUCUUAAAUGAAACUCUGGUUCCUAGUCUUUCGGAGCACCAUAAACCUGAAGUCACAAAAGAGAGAAUAACAUACAGUAGAGAUGUCCUCUUGAAGCUUUCGGAGGUUUCACUUGCUCAGAAGAAACCAGAAUUUCUUCCUGAUCAUCCAAUUGUACUUGAAAAACCAGUGAGUGUGUUUAUUUCUGACUAAGCCAGAGGAAGAAUUGAAGUGACUACUUCUGUGUUCGGUGUUGCAUGCUUCUACCAACACACACAUGAAUUAUUAGGCCUGUACACAAUCAGAAAUAUCUGAUCCAAUACGAUAGAUAUUGGUAUUGGGUCCUCCGGCUAUUGGGUUAAAAUAUUUAAUAAUUUAAAUAUUAUUCUCAGAUUUCCAGUCAGAAUUCUGAUAACUGUUGGAAAAAAAUCCCCUAGAGUAUGGGGAAAUUUAUUUUUACGGGGGAAAAUGGCUGGGCAAAGAGCUCUGAAAUUAGGCACACCUGUAGUCUGGGACUCUGUAUAUUGAAUUUCAGUUAAAUAUUUUUCCAUCCAUUGACUUUUAAUUAUUUUUUUUAAGUAACCUUGAAAUUGUACUCACAACAGAGGAUUUGUGGCAAAAAGUUAUGUGAAUCCAAGAAUCGGAGUUCAAGUGAUGUAAAAUCCGAGAAGCUCCCACUUGCUUUUUAAAGUGGUAAAUGUAAAAAUUAAACUACAAAUAGCCUGAAUUAAUGCAUGGGCGGAUAGAUAGAUGGCAGAAGAUGGCCUUUUUUCCUGAGCCACAAUAGGGAAAACAAAUUGAGACUCCCGUUCUUAUUUCUGCUGACGUUUCAUGCUCCAAUAUUAGACCCAAUAUUCUGAUACCAUACUGGAUAAUUCUGAUUCAAUAUAGACUUUCCUAUUUCAGAUUGGAAUUAUUUCUGAUAGCUCGAAUAUCACCAAUAUAAAGGCCCUUUCUGAUAUUUGAAAUCCAAUAUUGCACAGGCCUGCUAAUUAUUGGAACUAACUUAUUCUUCUUAUGGCAAGAUUAAUCUAAAUUUUUCAAAUAGCUACUACUAAUAUCCAUGUACAAAUCAGUUGGAUUACUCAGGAGAUCUACAAUGUGUAGCACUGAUUAUUGUAAGAGAUGAAGUAUUGUAUAAUUUGUAAAUAUUGGUCUUGUGUUUUCAAUACUUAGUAAUUCAGUCAUUCCUGUAAUAGUUAUGAUGAUAGUGCUGUGAUCAAGAAUGUUCUUCAUGCAGCACACUAAAGUUAUUUUAAGCAUUCUCCUGUUAUCAGCUCUCCUCAAGAAAACCCAGGUUGUUUAUAAACCCCGUGGAUUUUAAAAGCCAGUCUGGGGAGCAGGGGGUGGAUUGUAAUAAGACCAUCAAGAGGUAAACUGAAUCUCAUGGAAGUAUUGGGGUAUUCUUCAUCCACCCCGCCCCCAGCUUGCUUUUAUGAGCUGGAUCAGUAUUUUAAAACAACACAUUUGGUCAUUGAUAAUCUAUGCUUCCUUGUAGGAGUAUUCUCUUAUUUAUUUUAUGUAGGCCGUCUGCUCCAAGUUCCUUAAAUACUUGCUUAGAAUUUCAAGUUCAGCCUUCAAGUAAUGCGGCAGAAGUUGAAAUUGCCUCAGAAGUUGAAAUUGCCCCCAUUAACUUUGAUUUUACAGAAUGAUCAAGUGUUAAGAAACGCUUCUAAGUUAGAGGAGAAUGUCUUUGCAAAGUUUUAAUAUAGAUGCUGGUUGACACCCAGACUAACGCUGCCCUAGUGCUGUGGGUUUGGGGACAAUUUUCACAGAUCUCUUCUCUCUGAACUCCGCUGUGUCUAUGGAAAAUAUGUCCCUCAGGGCCGUGUGGCAAUUUUUGUGCUUGGAGAUACCUGUUGCACAGACGAUACACAAUUUAUCACACUACUCUAGAUACAUUCUGAGGAUGUUCAGUUGUAUGUGCUGAUUGACUAUGCAUUCUGGUAUUGUCCUGUUGUACCACAAUUUUAGAAGGAUGUCUUUGGACAAUUCAUGAUAUUUCAGGAUAUGACUUUCCUGUGGAACCUAAGAUGAUGAUGUGUUAACUAUACUGAUUUUGAGUUAAUCCUAAUGACUACAGAUAUGUGCAUCGCUUCAAACUGGAAAAAUGCUUCAGCAGCAUCCAGCUUUGAAUGGCUUAAAUGUACCAGAACCAUAACACUAAUGAUUAAAUUGAUUUACUUUCCCAGGAGUUACUUUCAGAAACACUGGAACUUAUGAAAAAAAACUCAAUUUCUGAAUAAUGUAAUUGGAACAAUAAGUUCCAAGAUCAUAUUCAACCUUGUUUUCUUUGUUUAUCUUUCUGUCGCUUUUAAUAAAAAAAAUACAUUGUAACUCUUCAUUAACUAAA